CCCCGUUCUCUUGUAUUAUUCUCACAGUUGCAUAUGUAUUAUUGCAAAAUGGAGAAUAUAAAAUAUAUAUAAAUAUAAUGUGAUAAUACUGCUACAGUGGUUACUCAUUCCCAGAUGAAAGUGCUUAAUCACAAUACAGUCAAUCUGACACAUUACCAAAAAAUAUACAAAUAAAAAUACGUAAAACAAAAUAAAAGUUAUCUAUUGAAAUAUAUCAGUGUUAAUUAUACCAAAUUAAAGAAUGAUUAAUUAGAGAUACAAUAAGGAGAUAAAAUCCAAUAUAAUUUUAUGAUUUAUGACAUAAGAAGAAAACAAAAAAAAUAAUGGCGUGGACAAAUUACCAAAAAUUUCUAGCUCUCCUUAUGGUCGUGACUGGAUCAUUUAAUACUUUGUCUGUCAAAUAUUCAGACAGAUUAAUUGUACCAGGUGCAGAUGGACAACCAAGACAUUUCAACCAUCCAUUUAUCCAGUCAAGUUUUAUGUUUUUAGGAGAAAUGUCUUGUUUAUUGAUUUUUAAAAUCAUAUAUGUUUAUUAUAAUCGUCUUAACGAUGGAUCGGUGGACAGUAAUCGUUUAACAAAAGGCUCAAGAAAUUUUAACCCGUUAAUAUUUGUAAUUCCUGCAUUAUGCGAUAUGAUUGCAACAUCGAUAAUGUACGUGGGAUUAAAUUUAACUUACGCAAGCAGUUUUCAAAUGCUUCGCGGAUCUGUUAUCGUUUUUACGGGUAUUUUAUCAAUGGGAUUCUUGGAUCGUAAACUUGGCACACGAGAAUGGUCAGGAAUUGGGAUGGUGAUAUUUGGUUUAGCUCUUGUUGGAGUAAGUGAUUUAUUAAUAUCAGAACAAACGAUGGAUAAAAAUUCUAUCAUAACUGGUGAUUUACUCAUUAUUUCUGCUCAAGUGAUAACAGCUGUGCAAAUGGUAGUUGAAGAAAAGUUUUUAUCCGGAUUAGACAUUCCACCACUUCAAGCUGUUGGGUGGGAGGGAAUUUUUGGUUUCCUUGGAAUUGUUUUAGCUAUAAUUCCAUUUAAUUAUAUAAAAGCUGAUCCUCCAUUCGCUGACAAUUCACAAGGAACACUUGAAGCACCUAUCGAUGCAUUUAUUCAAAUUGGAAACAGUGGCAGACUGUUCAUGUCCAUCAUAGGUAUUAUGUUGAGUAUUGCAUUCUUUAAUUUUGCUGGAAUCAGUGUAACUAAGGAAAUGAGCGCUACUACACGAAUGAUCCUUGAUAGUAUAAGAACUAUCACCAUUUGGAUAUUUUCAAUUAUAUUUCAAUGGCAAGAACUUCAUUACGUCUCCACUACUAUUCAAUUAUUUGGAUUCACCAUUUUAUUAAUUGGAACUUCAUUUUAUAACAACGUGUUGAUUCCACAAUUAUUACGAAAAUGUCAAUCGAGACUUGGAAGACACCGACCACCACGUACUGAUGAAGUUCGAGUGAUAAAUCCGACGAAUGGUGACCAAGAUAUCGAAGAUAAUCGAUAAAAUAAAUCAACUAUUAAAUAAAUGCAUAUUUCUAUAAGAAAAAAAAAUGUAUUUUAUAUAAAUGAAAAUUUUUUAUAUUUCAUUGAUAUUAAUUUCAUAAUUGUUAUAUGAAUUCAAGACUGUAAAUGAAAAUCUCUUUUCUUAUCAAAUAAUUCGUGAUUCCAAUGUUUAGAUUUUAUUCUUGGUAGUCAAGUACUUUUUUGCCACUUAUUUUUCGACUUAUGUUGUAUUUAAACGUUUGGAAGUUUAAAUUUGAAUAAAGUUAUUUCAUAUGUGUAUGUUGAUUAAC